AUGGGUUCUCUACCUCCCCCGAGCGGCAUUCAAACCAUUGAUAUCUCUCCAUUGAUCAACGAUAGCGACCCAAUCGCUCGCAAGGCUACAGUUGACAAGCUCGUGGAAGCUAUCCACGUCCAAGGCGCCUGUGGUAUCGUUGGCCAUGGCAUCCCGAUCAAAAGACUGAGAGAAGCUUUCGACUGGUCUCGAAAAUUCUUCGAUCUGCCUUACGAGGAGAAAGCCAAGGCGAACCACCCCAAGGGUAUAGUUCCACAUCGUGGUUACUCUGGAGUGGGUCGAGAGAAAUGCUUGAUCUACACUGAGGAAGAGCUUAAGAGCAUGUCCGGUGAAUUGGCAUCAGACUUCAAGAAGCCCCUUGAUUUCAAGGAACACUACGACAUCGGAAGCGAUGGUGAACUAGUACACUACAACCUUUGGAUCGACGAGAAUGCUCUUCCUGGAUUCCACACAUGGGCCCAAGGGUAUUACUGGCAAAUGGAAGACCUGAGCAAAGUCGUGCUUGAGGCUAUGCUCGAAGGUCUCCAGAUCGAUGAAGAGGCCAAGAAGUACAUCCUGAAGGUCCAUACCGGGCACCAGAACGGUCUGCGACUCAUGCACUACCCCUCGGCCCACGAGUCCACGAUCGAUCGCUCAUCUCUCACGUGGUGUCCCACACAUACCGAUUUCACGACCUAUACCCUGCUCAUGCAAGACGAGAACCAGGGCCUCGAAAUCGAGGACAGGCUUAACCCUGGCACCUUUCUUCAGGCUACAACCGAGAUCGAGGACCGUUUGUACCUUACUAUUGGCGACUUCGGUGAAAUCUGGACGAACGGUUACCUGCCCGCAUCGAAGCACAGGGUUAUCAUCCCACGCGCUAAAGAUGGGUCCGAGAUCACGCCCAAGAGAUACUCGAUGCCGUACUUCAUCACGCCCCGCCAUGAUGGAAUUGCGGGUCCGCAGGCCACUGGGAAGUGUGGGAGCAUGCCUGCUGGUAAGUAUAAGACGGGGACUAUUCAGGAACAUAUUGAGUUCCGUAUGAAGUACCAGUAUUAG